AUGCUGUACGGUGGGUUGCAGAAGGCAGGACUCAUCUUCCUCAAGCGACAACUUUUCAGCAUCAAGACGACUGAAGGUGCAGACGUCACGCACCACUGCAAUGAAGUCCUCAACAUCUCCUCCAAGCUUAGCGGCAUCGGUGCGAAGAUGGAAGACGAAGACGUUGCAAUCUGUCUGCUGCUCAGUCUUCCGAAGAGCUACGAAAAUGUGGUGCUCAACAUGGAAAUGAGCAGCGCCGAGCUUCGUACCCAAGAUGUGUGGGUAAAUAAUGAUGAAGCCAAUGGCUACGAUCGAGUGACGUUUGCAGUCUCGUUCAAGUGUGGAGUUUCGACGAGAAAGGACGUGUUUGGAAUGGGGACCGUCGAUAGUGGUGCAACGCACCACAUUUGCCACGACAAGACCAAGCUCGCAAGUUUGGCAGAGCGCAAUGACGGCGAACUCUUGGUGGCUGAUGGCAACAAGGUGGCCAUCAAGGGUGUGGGAACCAUCAUGGAAAAGGUGGUUCUGCCUAACGGUGAAAAGCGCGAGAUCGAGAUCAAGAACGCGUUAUGUGUCCCAAGUAUAAGCAAGAACCUGCUUUCGAUGCCAUAG